CGAUGAGUGUGCAAAUGUUCACAAAGUUAAGGUUCCCUUUAAAUAAUUCAUGAAAAGGAUGAUCAUUUCAAAAAUCAGUUGCCUGGUGUAACUUUCAGCACAACAAUCAAACGGAGCUAACGUUUUUUUUUCUAACUAUUCAAUGGCGAAGUUGUCUGUAAAAGUAUUCCUAUUGGUGCUAGUGCUGACUAUAAUCGGAUAUCACUGCCUUGUAUCCGAUGCUGCAUUGAUCUUUAGGAUACCAAACUGUGCAAUCAAAAGAUACGAUGGAAAGUGUCUUCCAACGAUUGUAAAAAAAGCUAGUGCGAGAAAAGCUAUUCCUUACCCAUUUAGAUUGAAAAAAGUUGCCACUAUGCCUUCACCAAGAGCCACUCCUUCCCUACCACCAACGCCAACGCCAACGCCAACGCCAACGCCAACGCCAACGCCAACGCCAAAAGCUACUCCUUCACCAAUGGUAAAAGAAUUAAAACAAAAAUAUGAUGGAUUUUGGGAAGCUUUUAAAGGUAAAUUGAAAGCAUCUGGUGUAUGUUUUGUUAACUUGGGAUGAAACAUCUGUAAUCAAUUUAUGAUUUCUGCUGCAUCACUAUCCUUGCAGUAAAAUGUAAUUAAAAAAACCAAAUAAAAUAAAAAUUCAUUAAAACAUUUUUAUAAUAA